AUGAAUAAUAAGACAACAGGUUAAGAUAUCGUAUUUCAAGAGGAGUUUAGAGUUUUUUUAAAUUUAAAUGCUAUGAUAAAAAAAAACAAGUAGUAAGUGUAUUUAAAUUUGCAACUUUUGGAAAAACCAGAACAUAUCGAUUUAUAAAAAUCAAUUUUGAGUGAAAUUCAAAAUAAUUGUCAUGGAUUAGAUUUUGACUUAAUAGGAUGGUAAUAUCUUAAAUUGACAUAAGAAGAUGGAAGUCUAUCAACUGGAAGAUUCAAAAUGAACCUCUUUAAGCCUCCAUUGAGACGACCAUCUAUUAAUGCUACUAAAGUUUAAGAGAUGGAGGAAGUAAUAGACUUUGGAUUAGAAGAAUUUGUUUAUAUAGAAAAAGAUAUUGAAGAUUUUAAAAAGUAGAUGAAACAAAAACAACAUUAGAAACCUAAAUUAGAGGAGAUUAAAGAUAUUCAUUUAGUUAAUAGUCAAUAUAUCGAUAAUAGAUAAUAGUAAUGGAUUAAUGAACAAUUUAAAAGAAGACAUGGAAUCGAUUUUUAUAUUGAUGGAUUAAGAUUCUUACAUGAUAAAAUUAUAGUAUGUAAAAUAUAUAUGGAAGUCUACAAUAGAAGAUAUGAAAAAUUGUUUUAUGCUGAAACUGCUGCCCCUGAUCUCAAUAGUAUGGCUUAUAAUCCAACAUUCUAUUUUAGAAGAGAAUUAAGAAAAGAAAAAUUUGAUCCAACUGCUAUUGCUUUAAUAACAGUUGCUACUGUUGAUAAAAGUACUAAUUAUAACAGAAUUGUUGGUUAUGCAGCUAUAAAUUUAUUUUUGAAUCCUGGAACUAAAUCAUCACCUUGA